AUUCACAACGUCACAAUUGCGAGAGCUAGGGGUACUAAGAAUUUUCAUGUUUACAAGCAGGAAUCAGCUGUAGUCUUUGUUGAGUAAAGCAUUACAUUCGUGCGUGGUGCAAAAUUGUGCCGGAAAAAUGGAAACACUAUUGCGAUAUAAAAUCUUUAACUUUAAAGAAAUAAAGUAUGUCAAAAAUUCUUAAAGUAAAUGCAACACGAAAAAUGUAUUGGAUGUAGAGAAUUGCAGUAACCUAACAGGUUUACGGACAAUGGGUUUCGAACUGAACAGAUUCCAAGGAGAAGUGGACGAGGAACUGGUGUGUUCCAUUUGCUCGGGAGUUUUGGAAGAUCCCUUGCAGGCGCCGGUGUGCGAGCACGCCUUCUGCCGCGGCUGCAUCCAGGAGUGGAUCUCGCGGCAGCCGACGUGCCCCGUGGACCGUCAGCCCAUCACCUCGGCCCAGCUGCGGCCCGUUCCCCGGAUCCUGCGCAACCUGCUGUCCAGGCUGUGCAUCACGUGCGACAACGCGGGCCACGGCUGCGGCUGCGUGGUGAAGCUGGACUCGCUGGCGUCGCACCUGGUGGAGUGCGAGCACAACCCCAAGCGGCCCGUGCCGUGCGAGCAGGGCUGCGGCCUGGUCAUCCCCAAGGACGAGCUGCGCGACCACAACUGCGUGCGCGAGCUGCGCGCCCUCAUACACACCCAGCAGCAGAAGAUGGCCGACUUCCAGCAGGAGAUAGCCGACCAGCGCUUCCAGAUCAACGAGCAGAAGCGCGAGAUGCAGCUGCUCAAGGACUUCAUGCGCGCCAUGCGCACCUCGAACCCGGCCAUGCGCGCCAUCGCGGACCAGAUGGAGCGCGACGAGGUGCUGCGCUGGUCCAGCUCGCUGCCCCGGGCCAGGGUCACGCGCUGGGGGGGCAUGAUCUCCACGCCGGACGAGGUAUUGCAGGCGGUGAUCAAGCGGACGCUGUCCGAGUCGGGCUGCCCGCCGCACAUCGUGGACGACCUCAUGGAGAACGCUCAUGAGCGGCGCUGGCCCCCGGGGCUGUGCUCCCUGGAGACGCGCCAGAACAACCGGCGCCAGUACGAGAACUACGUGUGCAAGCGCGUUCCCGGCAAGCAGGCGGUGGUGGUGCUGCACUGCGACAACACGCACAUGAGCGACGACAUGAUGGUGGAGCCGGGGCUCGUCAUGAUCUUCGCGCACGGCAUCGAGUGAGCGCCCGGUGUCGCGAUGCGUGUGGACGAUUUCCUAACGCUCAGCGUGUUGGGUCAUUGCUACGAACGAACCGCGUGGUGCGACGUGCCGAGCCAUUGUCGGGCCUCGUCACCUCGAGUGGACUCCCGGCCCGUUCGACUGCUUUGUCGGGUCGCUGCUACGAAUGAUGAACGAACCACGGUGCAGCGAGUACCGCGUGGUUACGACGUGCCUCGUCACCGUCUUUGUGCACGGCUUUGAGUCAUCCGUGAAACAAUAGCCGUGCCACCCUUGUUUUCCGACUCCAGGUUUCACCUUUGCACCUGUAGCCCGUCUCGUGCUUGGAUUGCAGCUCAGAGCAAAGGCCACUCAGCGUGUUAACAUUAAAUAAGUUGUAAUAUUUUUUUUUAAUUUUCGCUACAUGACGAUGUUUCUCAGACCAUAAAAUAAUGUCUAUUAACAGCAUUAUUACUUUUGAAGUCAUUCUGAGAAAAUAAUAAUUCAAUGCUGAACACCGAUUGUUAUUUCACAAGAGUAACUAUUAUGUUUCAGUUGGUCAGUAUUAGUAAGAGGUGGUGAUGAGUCGAAUUUUUAGUUUUUCUCGAAUUUUUGAAUCCCCGAAGAGUACCUCCAAUAUAUCCUCAGAUCCAAAUUUAGGUGUCAAUGGUCAAAAAAAAAAAACUAUGUUGUUAAACAUUCUACCCUUUAAAUGGUUGUUUGACAAACUGAGUUUUGUGAAUCAGUACAAAUUGUAAUUGUAUUUAUAUAAUUACGUGUUAAAAGUGCAAUUUUUUGGGGAAUGGUAACAGGUUAGGUAUGAAGAAAAAAAACUGACCUAGUAAACUUCAGAUAAUAUUGUUGAAUUUUUAAAGUUACUUUAUUUCCUUUAGUUUAUUUUUCCUUUAAAUACAUAUUCCUUGAAUAUUGAAUCUUUUGAAUACUAUUGAUUCGAUUUGAUGUGAUGGUAUUUGAGGAUUUAACUGGCCCAUUCCUAAUAAAAAAGCAUUUCAAUAAAUAAUGUUAUUUUCUCAACAAAAAAAAAUAAAAA